AUGGCCCCGGAGUCUAAAUUCACAGAAGUUGACCUCGGAGAUGGAAUCGAGGCAGUAAACCCUGGCAAUGACUUGAACGCAGACGAGAAUGAGCAAGGCAGCAGCAGGCUCGAACCCUUGUCGACUGAGUCCACCGGCCACUUAGCAGCUCACACUCAUCUCGAAGGCAACACUUCAGGGCCUGAUCGCAAGCAGUCUCAGUCUUCUCUCCAGUCAUCCUCCUCAAGGACCAUAUCUCAGUCCACGCUCUCCGGUGCCGACGAGGAGUCACUGGGAAAGAAUAGGAGAGACACAUCACCCCCUGCCUACCAAGAUGUGGAGCUACAGCGGAGAGAGAGUGAUGCUUCAACCAUCACAGCUAGCAGCGAGGUUGCCGUGGGGAAGCAGGAAACGCGCGAGGAGAGGGCUGCUGGCAAGGGGUUCUUUUCCUGGCUCACCAGGACGCGACCACCGCCCUCAUAUCCGUCCGAAAGAACUGUCUCGCCCGAGUACACUGCCGGAAUCUUAAGCCGACUGACAUUUCAAUGGAUGUCGCCAAUGAUGUCUGUGGGUUUUCGUCGACCUCUGAAAAUCAAUGAUAUCUGGCUUCUCAACCCAGACCGAUCUGUCGAAGCCCAUGCCGAACUCGUCAGCGCCGCCUUUAAAAAAGGCGUCGAGGCAGGCUACAAGGCACCACUUUUCUGGGCCUUGUACAGUACCUUCAAAGCCGAGUUCCUGUUCGGAGGUCUGUGUCGGCUAAUCUCUGACUUAUUCGUUGUCGGAUCUCCCUAUACUCUUCGUUACCUUAUCCAAUUCACCUUGGAGUCUUACUAUGCGAACUUCGAGGGCGUUGAGCCGCCUCCUGUUUCCCACGGCUACGGUUUGGUCUUCGGAAUCGUAUGCAUGCAGGUCAUCCAAAGUUUUUGCACAAAUCAUUUUUUCUACAAUGGCCACAUGGUCGGCGGCCAGACAAGAGCUGUUCUAAUCACAGCCAUUUUCAACAAGUCGCUGAGAAUAUCAGGGAGAGCCAAAAACGGUAUAAAGCCGCCAUCCUUCAGCGACACCCAGGCAACGCUAGUCGCCAAUGAAGGAGACCAAUCCGGUCAGGAGAACAAGACAGAGCAAGCACUGGACCAAGAGGGGAAAGCGAAGAAAGCAAAGUCGCAGAAAGUUUCUGCCGUUGCAGAGACGGGAUGGUCGAACGGACGUGUUAUCGGCCUGAUGGCCAUCGACUCGGCCCGUAUUGAUGCAGCUGCCGGUUUAAUCCAUACUGUCUGGACUGCACCACUCAUCACCAUUAUUGCAGUGGCACUUCUGAUCGUUAACCUGAGCUACAGUGCUCUGGCGGGAUUGGCCAUACUAAUCGUGGCAAUGGUUUUCCUUGCAAAAACAGUCGGCAACCUAUAUGUCAGGCGCAAGAUGAUCAACCAGAUUACAGACAAGCGCGUAGGUCUUACACAAGAAGUAUUGUCAGCAGUCAGGCUGGUCAAAUAUUUCGGUUGGGAGACCUCCUUUGUCGAACGUAUUAUUGGUCUCCGAGCCACGGAAACAACGGCACUGCAAUUCUUCAUGGCGUUUCGCAACAUCGUCACUGCGGUCUCGCAAACAGUACCCAUCUUCGCGGCCAUGCUUUCUUUUGUCACAUACGCUACUACUCACAGUGGACUAUCCCCAGCCGUCGUUUUCUCAUCAAUGGCUAUCUUUAACAGUCUCCGCAGCCCCUUGACGUACCUUCCUGUCUGCCUCGGAAUGGCAGUCGACGCCUGGGCGUCUAUGCAACGGAUCCAAGAGUACCUUCUUGAGGAGGAACAGGAGGUCUUCAAAGUCGAGUCAAGCUUGGAAAGUGCCAUUCAAGUUGACGACGCUACCUUUACCUGGGAGAAACAGGCCUCAAACGGAUUGCCGCUAGCGGCUGGGACUGGCGAAAAAUAUGGCUCCAAAAUGACUCUCGUCGCAGAUGAUUUGCCUUUUAGUCUCGACCGCGUCAACAUCGACAUAAGUCGAGGAGAACUCAUCGCCGUAAUUGGUGGCGUUGGAUCCGGCAAGACUUCACUGCUUGCUGCACUGACAGGCGACAUGCGCAAGACCCACGGUUCAGUGGUCUGGGGAGGAUCCAAGGCCGUCUGUGCCCAGUAUGCAUGGAUACAGAAUGCUACGGUCAAGGACAACAUUAUCUUCGGCAGCCAGGUCGACGAGGAAUGGUAUCGCAUUGUCGUUCACGCGUGCUCACUCACCGCUGACUUCGAAACUCUCCCACAUGGUGAUGCAACGGAAAUUGGCGAGCGAGGCAUCAACCUUUCUGGAGGGCAGAAGCAACGGAUCAGCUUGGCCAGGGCUGUGUACUCAAAAGCUGACAUCCUCCUCCUGGACGAUCCUCUGAGUGCGGUCGACCCCUAUGUCGGCAAAUUCAUCUUCGAGACGGCCAUUUGUGGUCUUCUUGGCCACAAGACACGCGUCCUUGCGACGCAUCAAAUGCAUGUCCUUAGCCAGUGCGAUCGCAUCGUCUGGAUGGAGAAUGGCCGCAUCAGAGCCGUAGACUCUUACCUUAAUCUCAUGGUCAAUAACACAGAGUUUUCUGCCAUGGUCCAUGAACGGGCCGCCGCGGCGCAGCAAAAUAGCGAGGCAACCGCCGACUCAGCCAUACCAACAGCCGCAGUCAGUACCACCACCACAACCUCUGCUGCAGCCGCGAAGGCCGCAAAGGCCGCCGCUGGGAAGUUGAAGGACCUCAUGUCAACCGAGGACCAGAAUACCAAGAGCAUCCCUUGGUCUGUGUACAUUUCGUAUAUUACGUCUGCGGACAACAUGUUGCUGGUCGGACUCAUAGUCCCGCUCCUCUGCCUGGCGCAGGGCCUGAAUAUCUUGUCUAGUCUCUGGCUAGCAUGGUGGAGUCAGGAUAAGUAUGGUCUCCCGGAGAAUACCUAUAUCGGCAUAUAUGUCAUGCUUUGUGUCACACAAGCUCUUUUCCUAUACGCCUUCGGCAUUUGCCUCGCAAUUACUUGUACUAGUUCCAGCAACCACAUGCUGAACAAGGCGCUGCGAAAAAUAUUGCAUGCGCCCAUUGCUUUUUUCGACACGACACCUCUCGGCCGCAUAACCAACCGCUUUUCCAAGGAUGUCGAUGUGAUGGAUUACUCUCUGACUGAAGCUCUUCGUCUUUAUUGCAUAUCGAUCGCGAUGGUCAUAUCCAUUUUCGCCUUGAUUCUUUCCUAUUUCUACUGGUUCAUCUGUGCCCUUGUCCCAGUAAUGAUAAUAUUCUUCUUCUCGGCGGCUUACUACCGCUCCUCGGCCCGCGAGGUAAAACGGUACGAGGCCGUCCUUCGGUCAGUCGUCUUUGCCCGUUUCACCGAGGGACUAAGCGGCGUCUCUUGCAUCCGCAGCUACGACUCGCAAGACCGUUUCGUCAAGACGAUCAAAAUGGCCAUAGACAACAUGGAUAGCGCCAACUACCUGACCUUCUCCAACCAGAGGUGGCUCAACAUGCGUCUGGACCUGGUGGGGGUCAUCCUAAUCCUAACUGUCGGUAUCGUGGUCGUCCAGGAGCGGUUUACGCAGUCCCCAGCCAUUUCUGGGCUGGUUUUGUCAUACAUUCUCGGCGCGACGCAGGUCCUGCAGUUCAUUGUGAGGCAAUUUGCUGACGUCGAGAACGCGAUGAAUGCUACCGAGCGACUGUACUCUUAUGGCAAGGAUAUUCCACAGGAGGGUUCCGUCGUGAACAAUGGUGUCAUCCCAAGACCGCCGACGUCUGCUUGGCCUUUCGCUGGCGAAAUUACGUUCGACAACGUGCGCAUGCGGUAUAGGCCUGACCUGCCCGAGGUGUUGAGGGGUUUCUCCCUACAGGUUGGCGGGAGCGAGCGCAUUGGAAUAAUCGGGCGCACCGGGGCUGGCAAGUCUAGCCUGAUCGGUGCACUCUUUCGGAUGCAGGAGCUCAGUAGUGGAUCCAUCACCAUUGACGGGGAGGACAUCUCCCAGUUGCCUCUGGGCGCCCUCCGCUCACGGCUAUCCAUUAUCCCACAAGACACGACACUAUUCCGCGGCACUGUGAGAUCCAAUCUUGACCCGUUCAACACCUGUUCCGAGUGGCAGCUCAUACACGCCCUGCAACAAGCUUAUCUGGGCUCACUCAACCUGGACGACAAGGUCGAAGAGGAGGGGUUGAACUUCUCCCUCGGUCAGCGGCAACUCCUCGCACUAGCCCGUGUGCUUGUCAGGGGAAGCAGGAUUGUCGUGUGCGACGAGGCCACAUCCAACGUCGACCUGGAAACGGACGAGAAGAUACAAAGCACUAUGCUCCAGGCCUUCAAGGGCAAGACAGUGCUGACGAUCGCGCACCGGAUACGAACCAUCAUCAAUUAUGAUAGGAUAUGCGUCAUGCACCAGGGCCAGAUCAUCGAGCUCGGCACUCCGAAGGAACUUUGGGAGUUGGGUGGAGUGUUCAGGGGCAUGUGUGAGAGGAGUGGCAUUGGCGAGGAGGAGUUUACCGAAGUUUGGUUUUGA